UUCUCAUCUCUAUAUAACAAAGCAAAUAAUGAAAUAUCCUUAGUCCAAGAAGAGGAACGAAAGUUGUCACAGGGACCAUGGCAGUCGAAGAGUCGAGGUUAUUGCAGGAGACUCCGACAUGGAUUACGGCCGGAGUCAGCUUCGUCAUCAUUCUCAUCUCUCUCUGUGCCGAACGUGCUCUGCACCGCCUCGGGAAACUGCUGAAGCGCAAGGGGCAGGAUGCACUGUUCGCGGCAUUGGAAAAGCUAAAAGAAGAGUUGAUGCUUUUGGGAUUCAUAUCACUCAUGUUAACGGUAUUUCAAGGCGUAAUCAGUCGGAUUUGUAUCCCGACUGAUCUGAUCUCUCACAUGCUACCCUGUAAAUUCCACCAUGGCUCCGAGGCAUCAAAUCCCGAACAUCAACAGCUUCUUCGUGAGAAUACUAUCAGACGGCAUCUUUUAUCUUCGGAUCUCACCAAAGACCACUGCGCACCCAAAGGAAAGGUUCCAUUAUUGACGAUUGAAGCGCUACACCAACUUCAUAUAUUCAUCUUUGUAUUGGCAGUUGUCCAUGUCAUCUUCUGUGCGAGUACCAUGGUUCUCGGCGGGUUAAGGAUACGACAAUGGAAAAGCUGGGAAGAAUCGAUUCAGAGAGGCAAAAGAGAGAAGAAACCUUCGCUGCUUAAAGAGGAGGCUAAGCAUCGUGAGAUUUUCAAACAACGGGCAAGCGGAUACUGGAGAAGGUCGGCCAUUGUGAGUUGGGUGAUAUCGUUUUGCACACAAUUCUAUAACUCGGUCUCGAAGUCAGACUACAUUGCCUUACGCCAAGGAUUCAUUAAAGCGCACUGUCCUUCACAUCCAGACUUCAAUUUUCACAAGUAUAUGAUGCGGACUCUACAAGCUGAUUUCAAGAAGGUUGUUGGCAUCAGCAUGUUCUUGUGGAUGUUUGUGAUUGUCUUUUUGCUGCUGGAUGUCGAAGGGUGGCACACGUAUUUUUGGCUAUCUUUUCUUCCUUUGGGUCUUUUGCUCCUUGUUGGGGCUAAAUUGGAGCAUAUAAUUACCCGACUAGCACAGGAUGCACUGGCAGAUCAAGUCAACCAUGAAAUGGCUGCAGUGAAGCCAUCGGAUGAAUACUUCUGGUUCCAUCGACCGGGGAUAGUUCUUCACUUGAUUCACUUCAUUCUCUUCCAAAACUCCUUUGAGAUCGCGUUCUUCUUCUGGAUCUUGUGCACUUACGGGUUCCACUCGUGCAUGAUGGAGAAGUAUGGCUACAUCAUCCCAAGGCUUAUCAUGGGGGUAUUAGUUCAAGUUCUUUGCAGUUACAGCACGUUGCCUCUGUAUGUGCUAGUCACCCAGAUGGGGAGCAAGUUCAAACAAGGGAUGUUCGACGAGCAACUGCAUUCAUAUCUGAAAGAUUGGAUCGGUGACAUAAGGGACAGAGAUGGCCUCUCGAACCCCAGGGAUGACAGUUCGUCCAAGUUGGCAUCUUCCAUACAGCCCAAAGCCCAUAAAUUGGUCAAGGAAUCGUGGGACAGCUCACAAGUCUCCGAGCACUGUGCUGUUAUUGAUGGAUCAGACAUGCAUGAUACCGAAGACUCAGCACUGCCAUGACAUUUGAUUACAU